AUGUUGGCGGAAGCGGUGCCUCCCCGACCGUGGAAAUUGAUCGUGGCUGCGGCCGCCCGGGUCGGUCCGUUGGGCGCCGCCUCCUGCUCCCGGGCCUCGCUCCGAUCUGGGCGCCGUGAGGCGGCGGCCGGCGGGAUGGAGAGGAGCAGGAUGAACCUGCCCACGGGGCCGGACACUCUGUGCUUCGACAAGGACGAGUUCAUGAAGGAAGACUUUGAUGUCGAUCACUUCGUUUCUGACUGCCGGAAGCGCGUGCAGCUGGAGGAGCUGAGGGAUGACCUGGAACUCUACUACAAGCUGCUGAAGACCGCCAUGGUGGAGCUCAUCAACAAGGACUACGCGGACUUCGUCAACCUCUCCACAAACCUGGUUGGCAUGGACAAAGUCCUCAACCAGCUUUCGGUGCCCUUGGGACAGUUACGAGAAGAAGUUCUGAGUCUCAGGUCAUCUGUGAGUGAAGGAAUUCGGGCGGUCGAUGAACGGAUGUCUAAACAAGAGGACAUUAGGGGGAAAAAGAUGUGUGUGUUGAGGCUUAUACAAGUUAUCCGAUCGGUUGAGAAGAUUGAAAAGAUCUUAAAUUCUCCGAGUUCUAAAGACACCUCUGCACUGGAAGGACACAGCCCGCUUCUGACCGGCCAGAUUUUGGAGAGGAUCGCUACAGAAUUCAACCAGUUACAGUUUCACGCCGUCCAAAGCAAAGGCAUGCCUCUCCUGGACAAAGUCAGACCACGGAUCGCGGGCAUCACGGCCAUGCUGCAGCAGUCGCUGGAGGGCCUCCUGCUGGAAGGGCUGCAGACGUCGGACGUGGCCAUCGUCCGCCACUGCCUACGCACGUACGCCACCAUCGACAAGACCCGCGACGCAGAGGCCCUCGUUGGGCAAGUCCUGGUGAAGCCGUACAUGGACCAGGUGAUUAUAGAGCAGGUGGUUGAGUCCCAUCCAAACGGCCUUCAGCUCAUGUACAACAAGCUCCUGGAGUUCGUCCCUCACCACUGCCGCCUCCUCCGGGAAGUCACCGGCGGAGCCAUCUCCAGUGAGAAGGGCAGCACUGUGCCCGGGUAUGACUUCCUGGUGAACUCGGUGUGGCCGGAAACAGUGCGAGGACUGGAGGAGAACCUGCCCUCGCUCUUCAACCCCGGGGACCCCGAUGCCUUUCACGAGAAAUACACCGUCAGCAUGGGGUUCGUGAGAGCAUUCGAGCGGCAGUGUGGGUCCCAGGCCAGCGUGCGGAGGCUGCGAGCGCACCCCGCCUACCACAGCUUCAACAACAAGUGGAACCUGCCUGUGUACUUCCAGAUCCGGUUCAGAGAGAUCGCGGGAUCCUUAGAAGCAGCCCUGACAGGUGCCCUGGAAGACGCUCCAGCCGGCAGCUCCUACUGCCUGCUGGCCUCACACAGGACGUGGAGCUGCCUGCAGAGGUGCUGGUCGGAGCAGAUGUUCCUGCCGUCGCUGGCGCACCGGCUGUGGAGGCUCACGCUGCAGGUGCUGGCGCGGUACUCCGUGUUCAUCCGCGAGCUGCUGCUCAGGCCCAUCUCCAACGAGAGCGCCAAGGACAUUAGGAAGCCCCUGGGAACUGGUAGCAAAGACGCUCCGGCUGCCCAGGGGAACAGCGAGGACCCGGGCAGUGGUCCUUCCGAGGCGAAGCCCGUGGCUUCGGUCACCAGCACGCAGCUCGUGCACGCGGCCGCCGACCUGGCCCGGCUGCAGGAGCAGCUCCCGGAACUCUUGGAAACCAUCAGGCCCAAACUGGAGACGAUUGGCUUUAAGAAUUUCUCUUCCAUCUCAGCCGCCCUGGAGGACUCGCGGCUGUCCCUGUCGGCCUGCGUGCCCGCCCUCAGCGCCAGGAUCGUCCAGGACUUGAGUGAGUCCUGCUUCGGUUACCUGAAAAGCGCCCUGGAGGUGCCCCGGCUUUACCGAAGGACCAACAAGGAGGUGCCCACGACCGCGUCCUCCUAUGUGGACAGCGCUCUGCGGCCAUGCCACCAGCUGCGCAGCGGGCACCAGGACAAGCUCCCGCCGGGGCUGGUCCAGCAGUGGCUACAGGGCGCGCUCUCGGAGAGCACGCACAGGUUCUAUGAGACGGUGUCGGACGUCCUGCUCUCGGUGAAGAAGAUGGAGGAGAGCCUGAAGAGGCUCAAGCAGGCCCGGAAGUCCUCGCCCGCCACCCCCGGCGGCUCCGGCAGCGGCGGCAUGAGCGAUGACGACAAGAUCCGGCUGCAGCUGGCCCUGGACGUGGCGCACCUGGGCGACCAGAUACAGAAGCUGGGCCUGCGCACAGAGGACGUCAGGAGCUUCCCGGCCCUCACAGAGCUGGUGGCCGCCGCCAGGGACCAGGCCGCCAAGGACCAGGCGACCGCAGAGCAGCCCUAG